GGCGCUGUUGGGACGGACCGGCCGGGUGCAGCACCGUCAUGGCCGCCGGGCCCGCGGCGCCCCGCGUCCUCAACGUGAACGUGGGCGUGCUGGGCCACAUCGACAGCGGGAAGACGGCGCUGGCGCGGGCGCUGAGCACCACCGGCUCCACCGCCGCCUUCGACCGGGCGCCUCAGAGCCGGGCGCGGGGCAUCACGCUGGACCUGGGCUUCUCCUGCCUGCGCACCGCCCUGCCGCCGCAGCUGGGCCCGGGGCCCGGCGAGCUCCAGUUCACGCUGGUCGACUGCCCGGGACACGCCUCCCUCAUCCGCACCAUCAUCGGCGGUAAGGGGGGGAGCGGGGGUGGCCGCCCCUGCCCGCCCCGGGGCCCCGGUGGCGGAGAGGCCUCUGGGGGCGCCCCGACCCUCGGCGAGCUCCCCGCUUCCCCCGGUGCCCAGAUUAUUGAUUUGAUGAUGCUUGUAAUAGACGUGACAAAAGGGAUGCAGACGCAGUCAGCAGAGUGCUUGGUAAUUGGGCAAAUUGCCUGCCAGAAGAUGGUGGUAGUUCUGAACAAAAUAGAUCUCCUUCCAGAGGGGAAGAGACAAAGUGCCGUUGAGAAGAUGACUAAGAAAAUGCAGAAGACCUUGGAAAAUACAAAGUUCUGUGGGUGUCCUGUUGUUGCUGUUGCAGCAAAGCCCGGUGGACCAGAAGCCCCAGAGUCUGAGAACCCGCUAGGUGUUUCUGAAUUAAUUGAGGUCCUGAAGUCCCAGGCUUACCUGCCAUCAAGAGACCCCUCAGGAAACUUCCUUAUGGCAGUUGACCACUGUUUCUCUAUCAAGGGUCAAGGCACAGUGAUGACAGGGACUGUUCUUUCUGGCUCUGUUAGCCUUGGUGACAAUGUGGAGAUUCCUGCCCUGAAGGUGACAAAGAAAGUCAAGUCCAUGCAGAUGUUCCAUACUCCUGUGACUUACGCUAUGCAGGGUGACAGAGUAGGUAUCUGUGUAACACAGUUUGAUCCCAAACUGCUAGAACGAGGCCUAAUUUGCACGCCAGAAUCACUUCACACUAUCCAUGCUGCAAUAAUUUCCCUGAAGAAAAUCCAGUAUUUUCGAGGAGCUCUUCAAACCAAGGCCAAGUUCCAUAUCACAGUUGGUCAUGAAACUGUUAUGGGAAGAGUGAUGUUUUUCAGUCCAGCUCCUGCUGACUUCAACAAAGAAAUUCAAGAAAAAGUUUUUGAUUUUGAAAAGGAUUAUCUUUAUCAAGAGGAAUAUUUGUCCAAGGACUCAAAUUCUUCAGAGGAAAACAAAGAAAACGAUCAGUCAGAAGUUCAGCUCCCAAGACAACAGUGGGCUUUACUGGAGUUUGAAAAACCAGUCACUUGUCCUAAACUGUGCCUUGUGAUCGGCUCCAAGCUGGAUACAGAUAUUCAUGCAAAUACCUGCAGGCUGGCAUUCCAUGGGGUGCUGCUCCAAGGCAUGGAAGACAAGAACUACAUGGAGACUUUCCUUCCGAAGCUGAAAGUGUACAAACUGAAGCACAAAGAAGGACAAGUGGAAAGGGUGAUGGAUGAUUACAGUGUGAUUGGUCGUUCGUUGUUUAAAAAGGAAACCAACAUCCAGAUUUUUGUGGGUCUAAAAGUCAAACUAUCUACAGGAGAAGAUGGAAUAAUAGAUGGUGGUUUUGGACAAAGUGGCAAAUUUAAAAUCAGAAUUCCAGAUGGACUGAAGCCAGAUACCAAGAUGCUUCUUACUGUUGCCUCCAAGAAGAAAUCCAAGGCAGGGAAGGGGGAUACAAUCAAAGAGGACGAAAGCAGCAAGAAUGAUUCAGCCCAACCUGUUACCAUCUCUCUUCUCUUUAAAAGAUAUGUCUUUGACACACAGAAGAAAAUGAUUCAAUCCUGAGAAAGCAAGAGAAGGCUUCUUGAUUGCACCUGAAAGAGGGGACUCUGAGAUGAGUUCAAGUGAAAUGUGUUUCUUGUCUGAAUGUAUUAGACCUGUUCCUCACAAACAGAGCCUGGAAGCUCCUGGUGACUAUAUGCUCCCUUCCAAAAUCUCUGCCGUCUGGUUUUGUUCUGUUAGAAUCUGCUUAUGUUGUCAUCUUUGUGAUGUGAAUCUUUAUGGUCUCUUGGAGAAUGUCACCUGCCAGACGAGCACAUUUGGGUGUGUGUUCUAAUUGUGGUGGGUUUUUUGAGAAUUGUUUUGAAAUUUCUCUUGAUUUAAAAGUUUGCUACCAAUAUUAAUCUAAAUCUAGUAAAGAUGUGCAUUUCACAUGACCCACAAAGUGGAGGUGUUUAGUCUAGGUUUACUCCCCCUAGCAAAGUGGGAGACAGAAAGUACACGAUACAAUAGGUGAAACCUAAAAUGGAUAUUUCACAUUCCUUCAGCUGCAACUAUGUAAGAUGCUAUCUGAGAGAUGGUAUGGAUGUUUUUUAUGAAUACGAUUUAUAUAGAGAUGUUUUUCAUAUUAAACAUAAUGGUCUGUGUAACUGAGA